AUGUAUGCAUCUGCCGGGGAUGCAGGCUGCACUGCUCGAUUUCGGAAAGAGACAAAGGAACUUGCGCAGCCUUUCACUAAUGAUCGGAACAUAGUACAAGCAGAGGAAUUCAGCCUCGCAAUGGGAUACGGAACUCAUGAUACCUUGCUCUGA